AUGGCCGAAGGGGAAGCCGCCCCGGUAGCGGGGCCCGCCGCGGCGUCUAGCCAAGGGAACGAGAAAACGGAAGAAGCGAGUGAUGCCGGCGUGGACUGGGUAGAAAAGUUGCGCGACGAGUGCGAGCCUGAGCAGCACUGGCAGUACCGGCGGGAGUUUUUGAUUCGCAAUGCGGAGGGUCUGUCCGUGAGCGGAAAGGACGACGCCGACUGCCCGGAGCUCCGUCGCCUGGUCUCUUUCUCUAGGGUGUGGGCCAAUCACGUCUUCCUGGGGUGUCGAUAUUCUCCGCAAGUGAUGGAAAAGGUGAUGGAUAUGGCUGUAGGCAUUACAGUGACCAAUGCUCCAACCCACACUCUGAGAGAUGAACUGGUUGCCAAGGUGAAACGAGGCAUAUCCAGUAGCAAUGAAAGUUCUUGCAAGAAGCAAGCUGUUGGUACUGACAAGCCAUUUGAAGUUAAUAAUGAAAAGUCCACAAAGGCAGAACUGAAGGUGCAAACAGACAAGGAAUCUCUAAAGAAUCUAGAAAAAGAUAUGUCAAAAACCCCAGAGAAGACUCAGUCUUUGCCUACAGCAGCUUCAGCCUUGACCCCAAAGGUAGAGCCUACAACAGCUUCAACCGUAUCUCAGAAGACAACAUCUGCUUCAGCUUCAAAACUGACUCCCAAUGUAGCACCUGCAGCAGCUACAACUGUGACCCAGAAGAUUGCUCCUGCAGCAUCUUUAGCUGGAGGAAGAAUAGAUAGCAAAGCUGCUAAUUAUGAAUCUAUACCAACUAAUAAGCACAAAUCUGAAAAUGUCUCACAAGCUGAAAAGAAGGUUGGCUUGGAAAGUACUACAGUAUUAGCUUCAAAAAGUUCCCAUACAAGUGUAGCCCCUGUUAAAGUGCCCUGCAAAUUGUUGACAAAUGAAGAUGCAAAAGAAAGGCAACCAUUUUUCAAUAGACUUUACAAAGCUGUUGCUUGGAAGUUAGUUGCUGCUGGAGGAUUUAGUCCAAGUGUCAACCAUGUAGAACUCUUAAACUCAUCCAUUCAGUCUGUAAAGGCAACAUUAGAUGUUGAAUUUGUUCCACUGAAAGAACUUGCAGAUUUACCUCAAAAUAAAAGCUCUCAGGAAAGUAUAGUUUGUGAACUGAGAUGCAAAUCUGUAUAUUUGGGGACUGGCUGCGGAAAAAGUAAGGAAAAUGCCAAAGCAGUUGCUUCAAGGGAAGCACUGAAACUAUUUCUCAAGAAGAAAGUUAUUGUGAAAUUAUGUAAAAGGAAAUACAAAGGAAGAGAAAUUGAAGAUUUGGUGCUUCUUGACGAAGAAUCAAAAGCAUUAAAUUUACCUCCUGCUCUACGAAAUCCUCAAGAAAUACUGAAUAACAGUGAAUCUGUUAUGGCCUAUACUAGCAAAUGAUGUUUUAUCACAAUUAACUGAUUUAUCUUUGUACAGUAAAGGAGAGUCCCAGAUAUUUUUGGUUCUGUUUUUCAUAAUAAAUACCAUUGUUCUUUUCAUUCAGUAGUAAAUGUAAAUAAUUCUUUAAAGAUGUAAAGUGUGCAGAGAUAUGCCUUAAAAUUUAGCACACUAGUGUGCUGUUUUAUUUGCUAAAUAGUCUACUGAAUUCUUAUAUUUUUUAACUAAUCAAGGUACAGUUUGCUGGUCAAUGCAAUCUCAAUUUUGUAAUUUCUACAAUUUGGUAACAGUAAUGCUCAUUUUUGAACCUUGAUCCUUUAUAAAUUGUUAAUAAAAUUCGCAAACAACAACCAUUGUACCUAGAUGGUAAAAUGUUAUUUAAAAAUGGAAAUAUUUAAUCAUCUGCUUCAUGUGUUAGUCAUACUGUUCACAUGCCUGUGUAAAAAGCAAACUAUUGAUUUGGAUUGUUUUAAUUAAGUAGUGGUAUUUCAAUUUUAAUCCAAAGAAGUAUAUGCUGGUACUUUUUUAAUAUCAAAGUUACAAAUUGUCAACAAAUCUUCAAUUUCCUUAUUUUGCUAAGGUUCCUCAAAGCAAAUUUAAUAUCCAAGUUUGUGAAAAAUAUCACAUUCACUUUUUCAAAUAAAUAUAGCUUUCUAUACUAAACAUA